UAGCAUUUAUUUUACGGCAAAAAUAUCAUCCUUUUCUGCACUUUAGAUGCAAAUAAUAACAUCUAAAAAUGCCGAAAACAAAAAAACUGGCCGUCAAUAAACUGAAAGAAGGCGUUGAAAUGGAACCGCUAAGCCCGGUGAAAAAGAAUACCAGGUUUCAAGUUAAAAAAGUAUUAAGUAUCACAAGUCCUACGAAAGAUGGUAAUGCGGUAAUCCAUGUAGGAAGUGACGAAGACUCUGACGAUGACCCAAUGGAAAUUGCCAAACUCAAUUCAAAAUCUGAAGCUACUUAUGCGAAAAGUUUUAGACACAUGACGAGGGAAGCCCUUCCUAGAUUGGAUAACUACCGGAAUAUAAUGUCUUAUCAAGCUGCUAAGCGGCCUACGUUGGACGAGUUACAUAAUGCCACACUUACUGUGAAGCUUCAAGGUCAGGGUGGAGGAGUAGAUGAGAAAUUCAUUGAUACUGACGGACAAUUAAAGUUUGGGUGGAUAAAGGGAGUGUUAAUACGAUGUAUUCUAAGCAUAUGGGGUGUUAUGCUAUUUCUGCGACUCUCAUGGGUCGUUUCACAAUCAGGCAUUGGCGAAGGUUUACUUCUUAUCUUCAUCACAUCCGUGGUAACAACCGUCACUGCAUUAUCUAUGUCAGCAAUAAGCACAAACGGAAUUAUAAAAGGAGGUGGCACCUAUUAUAUGAUUUCAAGAAGUCUAGGCCCCGGUUUCGGUGGUUCGAUAGGUUUAGUAUUCUCACUGGCAAAUGCAGUAGCUGCUGCCAUGAAUGUGGUAGGUUUUUGCGAAACGCUGGGAAGCUUAUUGAGGAAAUUCGAUCUGCAAAUAGUUGAUGGAGGGGUCCAAGAUAUCAGAAUAAAUGGUUUGAUUACCAUAGUCGUACUUACAUUAAUUGUCAUAGUGGGAAUGGAAUGGGAAGCUAAGGCCCAGAUAGCCCUUUUGGUAAUUUUGGUAGUCGCCAUAUUCGAUUUCAUAAUCGGUAGUAUAAUUGGCCCCACAAGUGACGAAGCAAGAGCUAAAGGUUUUAUUGGAUAUAAUCUGUCUCUAAUAAAUGAAAACUUUUUCUCUGCAUAUACCGAAGAAGGAAAUGGUGAAAAGUACAAUUUUUUCAAGGUGUUUGCCAUAUUCUUUCCAUCUGCUACGGGUAUUUUGGCUGGUGCAAACAUAUCCGGGGAUCUCCGAGACCCCCAGAAGGCUAUUCCUAAGGGAACUCUUUUAGCAAUAUUAAUUACAACUGUAGUGUAUAUGUUAAUCGCCGUUUUAGCCGGUGCCGUUGUUGUAAGGGACGCUACAGGUAGCGUUACGGAUUAUUUUAAUGGGACUUUUAGGGAUUGUCUCCCAGGAGAAUGUCUUUAUGGUUUACAUAAUAAUGCUCAGAUAAUCGAAUUGGUUGCAUGGAUCGGUCCAUUGAUUUAUGCAGGUUGCUUUGCUGCUACAUUGUCUUCAGCUUUGGCUUCUUUGGUAUCUGCACCGAAGGUUUUUCAAGCUCUUUGCAACGAUAAAUUAUACCCUUACAUAGAAUGGUUUGGAAAAGGGUAUGGACAGAACAACGAACCCAUACGCGGAUAUAUACUAUGCUUUUUCAUAGUUAUAGGGUUCGUUCUAAUAGGGGAACUCAACUUGAUAGCUCCCUUAAUAUCGAAUUUCUUUUUGGCCGCGUACACUCUAAUAAAUUUCGCCACCUUUCACGCCUCUUUAGUUAAACCUAUAGGAUGGAGACCCACCUUUAAGUACUACAAUAUGUGGUUAAGUUUAUUUGGUUCAAUAAUGUGCGUAUUUAUUAUGUUUCUAAUAUCGUGGUGGAACGCACUCAUCACCAUGGCGGUACUUUUGGCCCUUUACUUGAUCGUUUGUUACCGAAAACCUGAUGUUAAUUGGGGAUCGACAACUCAAGCUCAGUCUUAUAAAGAAGCUUUGAAAGCCGUUUAUUCGUUAAAUUUGGUAGAGGAACAUGUUAAAAAUUAUCGGCCCCAAAUCCUCGUUCUGUCAGGUAUGCCGAGCUCUAGGCCAGCUCUUGUUGACUUUGCCAACCUGCUCACCAAGAACAUGUCUCUUCUUGUUUGUGGAAAUAUUAUAAGGGAACCCAUAUCAGAAAAAGCAAGGAUGGUAUUAAAUGCUAAUGCAUAUUCAUGGUUGGAAAAGCACAAGAUAAAAGCGUUCUAUACCCACGUGGAUGGAUUAAGUUUCAAGGACGGAGCACAAUCCAUAUUAAAGUCUUGUGGAAUCGGAAAACUGAAGCCUAACAUUUUGCUUAUGGGCUACAAAACAAAAUGGUCUACAUGUCCAAGGGAAGAUUUGGACAUGUAUUUUGAUGUUCUACAUAUAGCCUUAGAUUGUCACAUGGGCGUCGGAAUUCUACGAAUAAAAGAUGGUAUAGAAUUCUCGAAGAAUUUAUAUAUUGAAGAGCGAAUUAAAGAUACUUUGGCUUUACCCCGUAAUCAAUCUUACGGUCAAAUGUCCUACACCAGCAGUGUAAGUAAUUUAUCCGGCCAAGCGACACCUUUAGCAAACAAAAAGGACAUAGGGGACGGACUUAAAAGUUCCCAAGGUAUUAUUGUUGAAUGCAGUGACGAGGAAGAAGAAGAUGAAGAAGAAGAAGAGGGUGAAAAGAAAGAAGAGAAAUCGUUGGUUCAAUUUAUUGACGAAAGCAAAGUAGAUGAUAAAGAGGAAGUUCCUCAGGAAAUUCUGGAUGAAAUGUUUCCUUUACGGAAAGGAAAGCCAGGUGCAACUAUCGAUGUGUGGUGGUUAUAUGAUGAUGGAGGUAAAAAAUACUAUAGGGUUGUUCGGAAAGUCAUUUCGUUUUUUCCCGACAGAGGAUUUAAUUGUAUUCUUUUGCACGCAAAAAUGUCUCACUAA